CAUUAACUAACGAAGGUAAUGUCGUGAUUGAUCGUGUGUUAGUCGCUCACAAACUUUGUACCUCAGUUGGAAUUUGACCGGAAGGGAGCUUCCUAUCAGUACGGUCCUUAUCUGUCAGGAGAGGGCACUUGGCAGAGCUGAGCAGUCAGUAGCUCAAAUACCUACUUGAACAACACAUCCAUCCAUCCAUCCGUCGCCCCGAACUUCUCCGUCUUAUAAUUUUCUCUCGGCUGAAGCUCUUCACGAUGGCCUCCAACCAACGCAUUGCCAUUGUCUCCGUCUACGACAAGACAGGCUUGCUGGACCUUGCCAAAGGCCUUGUCCAGCGCAAUGUCCGAAUCCUCGCCUCUGGCGGGACCGCCAAUAUGAUCCGGGAGUCUGGAUUUCCAGUCGAGGACAUCUCUGCCAUCACCAAAGCCCCCGAAAUGCUAGCAGGUAGAGUCAAGACCCUACAUCCCGCCGUGCACGCCGGCAUACUAGCCCGGAACCUGGCCUCGGACGAGAAAGACCUCGCCGAACAGAACAUUGAUAAGGUCGACUACGUCAUCUGCAACCUGUACCCCUUCAAGGACACAGUUGCUAAGAUCAAUGUCACCGUUCCCGAGGCCGUUGAGGAGGUUGAUAUUGGCGGCGUUACACUGAUCAGGGCGGCCGCGAAGAACCAUGCUCGGGUUACAAUCUUGAGCGAUCCGAAUGAUUAUGCCGAGUUCUUGAAAGAACUGGAGACCGGGGAGAUAAAGGAGUCGAGCCGGAAGUUGUACGCGCUGAAGGCGUUCGAACACACUGCCGACUACGACGCUGCUAUUUCCGACUUCUUCCGUAAACAGUAUGCAGAGGGCCUCCAGUACCUUCCCCUGCGGUACGGCGCCAACCCACACCAGAAACCCGCAGCUGCCUACGUGAAGGAAGGAAAUCUACCUUUCAAGGUCUUGGGCGGCUCUCCCGGUUAUAUCAACCUGCUCGAUGCCUUGAACAGCUGGCCCUUGGUCAAGGAGCUGAGGUUGGCCUUGGGCAAGCCCGCUGCCGCCAGCUUCAAGCAUGUAUCACCUGCAGGAGCCGCUAUUGGCACCCCCCUCAGUGCCGAUGAGCGGAAGGUCUACUUUGUCGAUGACAUUCCGGGCAUUGAGACCUCUGGUCUAGCACAAGCCUAUGCUCGGGCUCGUGGGGCUGAUCGGAUGAGCAGCUUCGGCGACAUGAUCGCCCUUAGCGACAUUGUAGAUGUUCCGACGGCGAGCAUUAUCUCGAAGGAGGUUUCGGAUGGUGUCAUCGCACCCGGCUACGAGGAUGCGGCGCUAGAGAUCCUCAAGAAGAAGAAGGGCGGAAAGUACUUGGUCUUGCAGAUGGACCCUGAGUACAACCCGGGCAAGAAGGAGACCAGGACAGUGUACGGCGUAACCCUCGCUCAGCACCGAAAUGAUGUCGUGAUUUCGCCCAAGUCCUUCGGCACGGUCAUCACGCCCAAGGACUCCGGCACGCUGCCUGAGGGCGCGCUGAGAGACCUGACGGUCGCUACCAUCGCCCUGAAAUACACCCAGAGCAACUCUGUAUGCUACGCCCUCAACGGCCAAGUGAUUGGACUCGGCGCUGGGCAGCAGUCCAGAAUCCACUGUACCAGGUUGGCCGGUGACAAGGCCGACAACUGGUGGCUGCGCUUCCACCCUCGCGUCCUGGGCAUCAGGUGGAAGAAGGGCACGAAGCGACCCGACAAGAGCAACGCCAUCGAUCUUCUUGUCAGCGGCCAGCUCCCCAAGUCUGGCGCUGAGCGUGACCUUUUCGAGGCUGUUUUCGAGGAGAUCCCUGCACCCUUCACCUCCGAGGAGAGGGAGGAAUGGCUCGGCAAGCUGACCAAUGUCGCUGUGUCAAGUGAUGCCUUUUUCCCCUUCAUCGACAACGUCUUUCGUGCGAGCCGCUCCGGGGCCAAGUAUAUUGCCGCGCCAGGAGGCAGCCAGAACGACGGCCCCGUCUUCGAAACGGCCGAGAAGCUGGGCAUCACGUUCGUGGAGCAGAACAUCCGGCUCUUCCACCAUUAAGUGCACCGCUCUCAAGGACCCUCCUGCACCUGCUGGCGGGCCAGUUUUGGAGAUACCCCAUAUUUUACGGAAGGGCAGGUAUUUCUUGUUUGUAGGAAUAAGUUGCCUUACUUGAAGGGCAUGCACUCCUAGAUGACUUGUAGAGGGAGGGGUUGGGAUAGUUCAACACUUAUGAGGGGCUCUAAAAAAGUUUGAUUCCACAAAGUAAUUUUUUUAUUU